AUGUCCACUCUAAAAAUAAAGAUCAAACAACCAUUCAUUGAAUGCCUUGAUAAAUUUCAAAAUUUAAAUCCAGAUUCUAAUAAAAUACUCAAAAUUCAAGGCAUAAAAGAAGGAUUGUUCCCAGAAUAUUUAGAUCAAUUGAUUCCUCUGCACUUAAAUUACGAAAAUCCUCCGGUUGGUAAUUUUUUUGGUUUUUUGAAAAACUCUGAACGUUUACCAUAUAAAAAAUACUUUUCAAAUCUGAGUUUAGCACCACUAUUCAGAACAAAACGGACAAUAGAUAUUGUCACGACUUUCAAAGGAAAAAUAGCAAUAUACAAAGAUGCGUAUGCAAAUCAAUUCGGAGAAUUUGUAAUAAAUAAUUAUAUAAUUAGACCUCCAUAUGAUUCAUCAGCAAUUUAUAUCCGUGAAUUUCACGAAGGCCCGGUAGUUUUUGAAUGCGAUAAAGCAUGCGUUUUUGGUCAUAUAUGGAUGUAUAAUUUCGGACAUUUCAUUGAUGAUUGUCUUGCACCUUUAGCAAUAGUUCCUGAAGAUUUUUUAGAAGACUGUGUUGUAAUUUUAUCAGAACUUUCAAGAAAAUUUGGAGAAGAUGUUCUUAAAGCCAUUGGAGUAAGGAAAUAUAUUUAUCUUGCAAACAAUACAUGGGUUCAUGCUAACAAACUUGCCGUGGCUGUAGAAGGAAGGCCACAUCUUAUGCAUUUUGGUAUUCCAAUACAAAAAUUAGUUUAUAUGCUAAGAAUUUAUUUUAAAGUAUCAAAUAUUAAACCAACAAAAUAUGCAAUUAUGAAUAGAGAUUUAAAGACGCGUAGGCAUAUUACUAAUAUCAAAGAAUUGAUGAUAGCUAUUAAAAGCAAUAUAACAGGAGUAAAAUUCGAAGAAAUUGAAGAUAAAUUGGGAACAAUCGAAUCAUAUGCAAAAUUUUAUCCUUCAAUUAAAUGUGUUUUAUUGCCAACAGGAAGCAAUGCAGUUAAAACUAUUUUUAUGAAUCCUAAUACUGUUGUAAUUAUUGCAAGUAAUGAAAUGUUUGAUUACUCAGUCAUAUGCUCGAUUUUAUCAGUUCAUGUUAAAGUAGUUUAUUUCUUUCAAUGUCAAUAUCAUUUUAAUGACAUUACGAUUGAUGUUGAACUUGCAAUUCAAGCUAUUGAAGUUGGAGUCUAUGCAUCUAUUCAUGGAAACUUUCCACAACCAAAAGAAUUCAUAUCAUUUAUUGAUUAUAUGCCUAAGCAUAGGCCAAUAUAUGUCGGAGAUUGA